AUGGCUCCAACUCAACACCCAGCUCUCUGGCUGAAUCUUGCCAUCCGCACUGCGAAGGAGCACCAUACCAGAGUUCCUCUCAUCCAAGGUGUUGCCAGUGGUCUUGUUACACUUGCAUUCAUCAUCUGUACACUUCGCCUUAUCAUUCGCUUGAAGCGACGUACCACAAGCUAUGAAGAUGGUUUCAUCGCAGUUGCCAUGUUGUUCUCGAUCCUGGAAAGCACAGUCGCCUUUUUGGCGGCUGCCAAUGGUUAUGGAGCGCUUGUGUCGACUCUCACUGAUCAACAGUUGUCAAGAGCUCUUAUGUGGUUCUGGUGGGCCCAAGUCAUGUACAAACUCACCAUCUGGCCUACCAAAUUGUCUAUCCUGUUUCUCUACCUUCGCGUUUUUGGCGACACACCCAACGUCACUUCCUUUGGGGUCAACUUCCGUAAGAGUGUGUACGCAUUGAUGCUCUUCUCGGCUGUCUUCUGUAUCGUCACACUCGUCGUUAACGUCCUCUCUUGCAUUCCUGUUCAUCACUACUGGGAUAAAAACUCUCCUGGUCACUGUAACGUGGACCCUUUCAGCUGGUGGUUGUCACAAUCUCUUCUCAACACCAUCUCCGACAUCAUCAUUCUGGUCUUGCCUAUGCCGUUGGUCAAGAACUUGCUACAGAUUCCUGCUCGCCAGAAACUUGGCCUUUGCUUGGUCUUUUCGCUUGGCGGCUUUGUGGUCAUCGUGACUAUCAUGCGUAUUUCGACUUUCAAAACUGGAGGUCUUGGUGACGAUAUCACUUAUGACGGUGCUGUCACGCUCUGCUGGACCAUAGUCGAAACCAACGUCGCCAUCAUCUGCGCGUGUCUGCCAUUGCUACGCCCAUUCAUCGCUCGUAUGAUACCCGGCUUCUGCGGUGGCUCUGGCUUGCGUAGCGGCAACAGCUAUCCUAUGGCCCAGCCUACGACCACCGAAGACUCUCCUAGCGGCAAGCCCCGCAGCAGCCACGUUCCUGGGAGAAUGCGGCCUCGUUCGUGGGUCGGCAUCGAGACUGUCAUUGGCCAAGGCGACGGACAGGCCGCAGCAGCCGGCAUCCACAAGCAGAUGGAAGUUGAUAUCACGACCGAGGCCGUGAGCCUUUGUGGUACUGACUCUCUGCUUCGUCUCACGUGUCAGGAUGAUGAGAUCAGAUCAGUGGACGCUAGAGAUUCUGAGUCGUCGAACGAAUGCAAGUAG